AUGCUCCUCUCAAACAUCACACACUCUCUGUCUGCAGGAGUGCCUCUCGCCGUGAACUUCGACAGUCCCGUGGAGUAUCUCAUCUUCAUUUUCCAGAUUCUAUUCGCCACCGCUGCUGUUCUCCUCUCCGGACCUGUGGUCGUCACCAUCUUGGUCACCAGAACGCUUUACCUCCAGAACAGGUUCAUUUUCAUGCUCAACACCAGCGUUUGCGACACUCUGGUGGGCUUUUCGGUGUAUUAUCUGGGUCUGUUCGACGUCCAGGAGGGCUUUCCUUCCAGAAAUGGCACUUAUAACCUGUUGCCCUCUCUUCUUGGGGUCAACAUUAUGACAUUUCUAUUUGCGCAAUUUGACCGCUAUUUCGCAGUUUGUCAUCCUUUCAUCUACUCGCGCUUUGUGAGACGGUGGAUGAUCGUUUUUGCAAAUAUCUACUGCUGGUGUCACGUUUACAGCCAGACGAUCGUUACGGUGUUCUUGCCACUUUCCAAAGCGAUACAGAUGUAUGUUCUGAGCAUCGUCAGCUUGCAGCUCAUCGUGCUCACCAAAGUGGCCAUGACCAUCAAACUGUAUGUUGUCGCCAGAUACCAGUUGGACAGAGAUCCUCCCAGCGCAGAGAGGGAGAGCAAGAAGGAGUCACUCAGAAUAAUCAUUUUUGCUGUCAUAACCUUCCUGCUGCUGUGGUAUCCCUCUUUCGUUAAUAUCGUCCUCAGAUUGGCGCUGGGAGUCGGGCUGAACUUCAGGAACCAAGCCACCAAUCUGUUCGCCAUCAUGGCGCGUUUUAACGCAGUGUCCACGCCGGCGGUGUACCUGUGGGGGAGUCCGGCCCUGAGGAGAGCCAUGCUGAGGACGGUGUGGGCCAGAGUGUGUCCGAGGUGCAAGAGGAGAGUCUCGUCCUGUUCUGUGAGGGGAGGAAGCCGCUGGAGAUUCACUGACUGUUUACUGAGGACUCCAACUACCGCAGGGAUAAGAGACUGCAUGGAUGUUACUAAACGGGACCAGGAAAAUAAUUAAAAUUGAAAAUGAAAUUAAUAAAAUAAGCAAGUUUUCAAGCAGCUUUCAACUGCUUCAAUUUAUAGAUUUUCUCUGUUUUGUUAAAUUACAGAUAAAAUAAAUAAAAUCACAGAAAUGAAUUUCAACCAUUAAAAAACAGUCUAAUACUCUGAAUAAUGUCAAUGUUAAAAUCUGUGCUUUUAUAAAUUCUAACACGU